AUUCUUCUCUCUGUCUAUUAUAUUGCAGUAUAAUUAAUUUGCUCUGAAAAUGCCUUGUAUAGCUUUUGGUCGUUUUGACGAUUCUUGCAGUUGGGGGUCUAUUAAGGCCUAUGUUGCUGAAUUUAUCUCCACCUUGCUUUUCGUCUUCGCCGGUGUUGGCUCUGCCAUUGCUUACAAUAAGUUAACAUCAGACGCGGCUCUUGAUCCUGCGGGACUAGUUGCGGUCGCAGUUUGCCAUGGAUUGGCUCUCUUCGUAGCCGUUUCUAUUGGCGCUAACAUCUCUGGUGGUCACAUUAACCCCGCUGUUACUUUUGGUUUAGCUCUUGGCGGCCAAAUCACCCUUCUUACCGGCCUGUUUUACUGGAUUGCUCAGCUUUUGGGCUCAAUUGUUGCUUGCUACCUCCUCAAAUUUGUCACCGGAGGAAUGGCUAUUCCAAUCCACGGUGUGGCAGCUGGUGUAGGAGCUACUGAAGGAGUUGUAAUGGAAAUCAUCAUCACAUUUGCAUUGGUGUACACUGUGUACGCCACAGCAGCUGACCCCAAGAAGGGAUCAUUGGGUACAAUUGCACCCAUUGCCAUUGGUUUCAUCGUUGGUGCCAACAUUUUGGCUGCGGGUCCAUUCUCUGGCGGUUCAAUGAACCCAGCCCGCUCUUUUGGGCCUGCAGUGGCCAGUGGCAACUUUGCUGGUAACUGGAUUUAUUGGGUUGGACCACUUACAGGUGGUGGAUUGGCUGGUCUAAUCUAUAGCAAUGUGUUCAUGAACUACGGCGAUCAUGUUCCUCUCUCUAGCGAUUUCUAAAAAAUUGUUUGAAUUUGAUUGUGUUUGCUACCUAAUUCGCCUUUUUGUAAUAAAAG